GAGUGUGUUGCCCAGGCUGAUCUCAAACUCCUGGGCUCAACCAUUCUUCCACCGAGAAUUUGAUGAAAGCUAAGACUGACCUUGAAAAACACCUAUACAAAUAAUGUGUUCCUUUAUUUUUAGUGCCUUGGAUAAUGAAGAGUUGAGUUAUUAUUCUCUUCAAUUCUUGGUCCACUGUCACUUUUAGUCCUUGUAUUUAUUAUAUUUUAAUCUUCACUUCCCAUCCCCAUUUCCACUCCUACCCCUGUACUAUCCUCCCCAUAGAUACCCACUGUUUUAUUUAAUACUUGCUCUUGGAUAGUUAUGUAUCAUUGAAAGACAAUUAGUAUUGUUUUGCAUACUCAACAUUUCAUCUACAAUUUUGGUAAUUUUAUGCAUCUCUGAAGGUUAUUUUUGGAUACUAGAGGAUCUAUAGGCCUCAGGUCAAGAAACUUUGUCAUAAAUCUGAAUUAUCCAGUACAGUGAAUGUCAGGCUCAUGUGACUAUUUAAAUUCAAAUUAAAAUUACUUAACAUUAUAUCCAAUUAAAAUUUUGGUUUCUAGGUCUCACUAGUCACAUUUCAAGUGCUCAGUAGUUGUACGUGUCUAGUGGCACAUUUGUGCAGGACAGUGCAGAUAUAGAACAUGUCCAUCAAUGUAGAAAGUUCUAUUGGACAACACUGUGCUAGUGAUCUAUAUGAACUCUUCCACCUCUAGCACUAAUGAUUAGUUUUGGUUGGAAAACUUUUCUCUAUCUGUCAUGCCUUUUUACAUGUGUGGAGUAACUCAUUUCUCAAAAGUGUGUUAGGGAGUCUCUGAUAAAGUAGAUGGGAGACAGGCUCAGGACAUGAAAACUGUAAGCAAUGGUUCUAGAUUCAGCAAGAUAAAGGACUGCAAAAUGUGUUCCUAAUCAGUUGCUCUCUGGUGGAAUUCUACAGUGACAUAAACUGUAAUCAAGGAGGCCACAAGUAUAAUCCCCAAAAUUUAAAUAUAACACUUCAGAUUUCGAGCACCUAUUUAUUUAUAGCUACCUUUAGUGAUAGUGUUAUUAUUGUAAUUAUUGUAACCAUUGUCACAGAAUGUCCAGACUGGUAUGCAGGUAUAGCUCAUUACCAGGAGGAAAACACAGAAGGUGAUAUAUAGCAGCUUUUUACUUUCCUCAUUGAACUAUCCUUCGGUCUACAAAAGUGUACUCUAGGAGAUAAUUCAGAGGCUUCUGCUGUCUUUAAUCUCCUUAUCUCCCUUCUACUCCUGAGGGUUCAGAUUUCCCCCUGGAAUCAGGGACAUGAAGUCCUCUAUUCUGGUCCCUGCUGAGAGGGAAAGGUAGAUCUUUAUGGCCUGUGCCUCCUUUUAUAGAAAGAGGCGCAGGUAUUUCUGAUUCAUCGUAAUGGAGACAAAAACUCUUUUCUUUGCUAAAUUUGACAACUUCUCAUAGCAUAAUUUCAAAAGUAGUGCGGGGUAGAAGGAACAAAGUAUAGUGAGGAAGGGAGAAAUGACCUGCCAUGUUGUAAUUAGCCUCAUUUUACUAACGAAGACAGUAAGGCUAAGAAUGGUUUAAUGUCAUGCCCCAGAUUAUUCAGAUAGUAAGUGUUUGGCUCCAAAUCCAGUGCUUUUUCCCAUGUCGUACUCUCUAACAAUUUGGAACGAAGAGUUCCACAGUGUUCAGACCACUUUGAUGGGUGAAUACCUCUCUGACACAUUGGACUCACUGGAUUCCCUGUCAGUAUGCAUCUUAGUCACUCUGCAUUUUAGGAAUGGAGCAGGAUUAUGGCUGAGAAUAGAAGCCGAUAUUAACAUUUGCCUUGGUCCAUAGCUGUGAUCAAUGGAUCAAUGAAAGGAUCCUUAUGUUCAAAACUGAGUGUGUUCCAAGAACUCUGGGAAUCCCAGCAGAUAAUUUCCCCUGUGAAAUGCAAAUAUAUGCUUUAAACAUUAGUACACAUGCAACAAUGUAGAACAUGUAAGAGUUAAAGAGGAAAGAAACACGAAAUGCAGCUGGCAGUUAAAGACAGGUUUUCUUUAGUUAAAACCUGAGAGACACUCCUGGCCAAUUUCUAUCAGGAGUGCUUUCUCUUACAGAUUAAGAGUAUGUAUUAGUUUUAGGGUGAGGGGGCUUAUCAGAAGCUUCGAAUGUUCCUGUUUGAGGGAGAAGUUUUAUGGUGGGGUUGGAAUGUCUCUGGGUGGAGGGGAGUUUGCCUUGGGGCAGGCAUCUUUCCGGCCAGAGGGAUGUCAUCUCGAGACUGGCAUCUUCCCAGCUGGAGGGGGUUUAUCUCGGGGCUAGCCUGUCUCUGGCUGGGGAGGAGUUUGGAAUGUUUCUGGUUAGAGAUGUUAUUUGUGGUUUAUGGUCAUGCCGACCUUAGUCAUUAGACUGAUGCCCUUUGGAUUUAGGCAGUUUUUUUUUUAUUAAGGUGAACUUUAGAAUGAGGGGCUUGUCCAAGAUGGCGAUGCUCCUGCUCUGUCGGAACAAAGUUGCGAUGUGAUAUGAUGUGAUGUGGAUGCUGAGUAGUUAUCUAGGCUCACUCAUAGGUAACAAACUUGCUUUUGUACUUCUUCCAACCAACCUCAUCCUCAUUAGCAUGGGUGAUUCAAAUUUAUGCCUCAGCAAAAUUACAAAUGACUCCUGGUCAUGGAUCUUCAUGCCAUGCAUGAAUAGUCAAAAUCACCUUAGUUCGGCAUUUUGAGAGUGUGCUAGUUAUUAGUGCUGCUUGUUAAAUAUUACCUGCUUUCUACAUUACGGGCAUGGGGUAGAAUUACACUUCUCUUCUCUUCUUUGAAAUUGGGCAUGGCUAUGAGAAUUACUUUGGCCAGUGUGUUGGGAGAAAAGCUGAGUGUUGGGAGAAGCUGAGGCAGGGCUUGCAUGUCUGACAUAAUGUAAAAGAGUCUUGGAACAUGUCCAGGGUCCAGGGUCUAAAACUCCUCAUGGCCUUUGGAACACUAAGCUCUGUGCUAAAGGGUGGAAGGCUACCCUGACGCACCAUAAUCUAAACCCAGGGCAUAAAUCCCCUUGUGGCUCUGGAAUGUGUCUAGACUUGCUGGCUCCUUGCUUCUAGCCCUCUCAGGCUCCUAGAUUGAUUAUGUCUUAGAAUUGGCCAUAUAAAGGCUAAACCAUCACAACUGUAAAUCUUGUGCUUAAUGCAACGCUCCCUUUCAACCCCACAUUCUCACCACCUGUUUCUUUGAUCACCAAUAAAUAGUCUGGGCUUGCAGAGCUCAGGGCCUUCACAGCCUCCAUACUCACAUUGGCCCCCUGGACCCACGUUAUCUCUCAAACUGUCUUUUCUCAUUCUUUUGACUCCACCGGACUUCAUUGCCCCCACGACCUGGUGUUGGGUCUGAUCACCCCAACAUUCCUGGCUGCCCAACAUGGGGCAAGAAAGACCCCGGUGAAGGAAUGCUAGAGUGUGUAAAGGCAGAGGACGCAUCGUCAACGGACACCCGAGGAUGACUGAAAGAAGCUCAGUGGGAAAGCUGAGUACUCGGAAGAACCAGGGUAACAAUGGGACGAAGUGAAAGCAAACAUUCUGUUUACUUGAAUUUCUUAAGGCAUUUAUUAUGUAGAGGGUGAGGCAUGGGGUGUAAGACCCAGUGGAAUCUGAGGCUUGUUUAUUCAGAGGGCCCCACUUAGAGAAAAAGAAGACAAAGUGAGGACUUAGAAGGAACCUGGGCAAGUAAAGUCAUCUUGAAGCUUCAGUUUCAUGGGUAACCUGCCUCUGCUAGAGAAAAACAGAUUUAAUGAGAACAGAGGCAUGAUAUGGGCUAAAUGUAAAGAAAUUUGGACUCAAGGCCCCAAGGAAUAUUUGUUUGAGUUGUGGAAUAUGCUUGAUUUUGGUAUGUUAGCAAUUUUUGCAGCAUCAUUCAUUGUAAGAUUCAGGGCAUUCUGGCAUGCUUCCGAAACCCAGAGCAUCACUGAUACAAAUGAUACUUUGAAGGACUUGACAAAAGUAACAUUGGGAGAUAAUGUGAAAUACUACAAUUUGGCCAGGAGGGAGUGGGACCCCUCUGAUCCUCAGCUUGUGUCUAAAGGUCUUUGUGCAGAUGCUGUGGUUUUGAGUUUCUCUGGGAUAGCUUGUAUUUUGCCAGCAAAUGAAAGCUUUGGACCUCUGCAGAUGUCACUUGGAGGAGCAGUCAAAGACAUCUUCAGGUUCGUGGUCAUAUUCAUUAUGGUGUUUGUGGCCUUUAUGAUUGGAACAUUCAACUUCUACUCCUACUACAUUGGUGCAAAACAAAAUGAAGCCUUCACAACAGUUGAAGAGAGUUUUAAGACACUGUUCUGGGCUAUAUUUGGACUUGCUGAAGUGAAAUCAGUGGUCAUCAACUAUAACCACAAAUUCAUUGAAAAUAUUGGUUAUGUUCGUUAUGGAGUCUAUAAUGUUACAGUGGUCAUUGUUUUGCUAAAUGUGUUAAUUGCCAUGAUCAACAAUUCAUUCCAGGAAAUUGAGGAUGAUGCUGAUGUGGAGUAGAAAUUUGCAAGGGCCAAACUCUGGUUUUCCUGCUUUGGGAGGGGAGAACACUUCCUGCUCCCUUCAAUCUGGUUCCAGAUCCGGGGUCCCUGUUUUGUCUCUUGCUGAAGCUUAAAGUGUGGAUUUCUGAGCUCUACCCAGGGCCAUAAAAAAGGUUUCCAGGAAGAUGUAGAGAUAAGUAAGUAGAGAUAGAGAUAAAUAGAGAUAGAUAGACAGGGACUUGCAGGAACUCACAGGAACUAACAGGUAUCAUAGGGACAGACAGGGACAGGCAGGGAUAGAUGAAGACUAACAAUAUAAGGUCAGUGCCCUAAAGAGAUACUGAUCAGUGCCCUAAAGAUGUACAAAAGCAAAGACUAGCAAUAUACGGUCAGUGCCCUAGAGAGGUACUGGUCAGUGCCCUAAAGAGGUACAAAUGUAGAGACUAGCAAAGACUAGCAGAGAUUUGCAGGGGCAGACAGGAAUAUUCUGAAUUAUGGAAAUUAGCUAUGGCUCAAAGUCCAGUCAAAAUCUGAGAGGGAAAAUAUAAAAUGAACAGGGGAGCGAGGUAAGGAUAAAAAUGCUCUUUCUUUUCUCUCCAAUGGGACCUUUUGGAUUCAAAGUUGUGCUAGCAAUAAGAAAUGUUACUCUUUAUAUAAAUACACACUUUAUUACAUGCCCUGAAUGUUGCUUGUUUACCUGCCUUGAUUCAACCUUUGAUAAGAAUCAAACUGUCUUGAUAAUUAAAGCCAGGGAAGGAGUUUGGAUCCCUGUGUCUCUAAAUAGACCAUGGGAGACAUCACCAUCUAUUUGUAUUGUAACUGAGCCUCUACAUUUGUGGAUUUUGUUCUGGUGGUUGUGUGCUUGUGCUGUCUCCUUUUAGUCUACAGACGCAGAAGCCACCUCUGAAGAGGAAGCUGCCUCUGAAGAGAAAGCCGUCAUCAAGAACAAGCAAUGAUAGCUGUGGCGGUUUUAUGAAAAAGAAAAGGGGGGCAUGUUGAGAGGAAAGCUGAGUAUUGGGAGAAGCUGAGGCAGGGCUUGCAUGUCUGACAUAAUGUAAAAGAGUCUUGGAACAUGUCCAGGGUCCAGGGUCUAAAACCCCUCGUGGCCUUUGGAACACCAAACUCUGUGCUAAAGGGUGGAAGGCUACCCUGAUGCACCAUAAUCUAAGCCCAGGGCAUAAAACCCCUCGUGGGUUGGAUAGAAUCCAGGGCUCAGGGCAUGAACCCCCUCAUGGCUUUGGAAUGUGUCUAGACUUGCUGGCUCCUUACUUCUAGCCCUCCCAGUCUCCUAGAUUGAUUGUGUCUUGGAAUUGGCCAUAUAAAUGCUAAACCAUCACAACUGUAAAUCAGGUGCUUAACGCAGUGCUCCCUUUCAACCCCACAUUCUCACCACCUGUUUCUUUGUUUGAUCACCAAUAAAUAGUCUGGGCUUCCAGAACUCUGGGCCUUCACAGCCUCCAUACUCACGUUGGCCCCCUGGACCCACUUUAUCUCUCAAACUGUCUUUUCUCAUUCCUUUGACUCCACUGGACUUCAUCACCCCAAUGACCUGGUGUUGGGUCUGAUCACCCUACCACAAUGAAAUGUUAUAAUUUACUUCCAGACAGAAGCUUCAAGAGCUAGUGUACAAUUUGUGUGGGCAGAGCAAGCUCCCACAGUUUGAGUGAAAGUUCAAAGUGUGAAAAGUUAAUAGACAUGCUACAGAAGGUUGAGGUGGAAAGCUGUCAGUGUGAAAAGCUACAGCUGGUGUCAGAACUGGGCUGAGGGAACUGAUGCAAGGCAAUUUAUAUUUAACCUGCAUAAUUGUAUAUCCAUCAUACUUUGCCUAUCCAUUCUCCCAGAGAUAGGCACCUUGGUGGACUCCAACUUCCUGCUCCUGGUCCUAAAAAUAGUGCCAGUGAACAUACUUGUACAUAUUCGCCUACCUGUCUACAUAUCUAUCCAUCCAUCUGUUAAUCAUCUACUUAUCCAUCUAUUCAUCCAUCUCCAGGAAUGAAAUUGCUAAUAGGCAUUGACCAAGACAGACUUAAUGUUCUUCUCAGCUUGACUAAAAUUUAGACUGAUUUCUCCCUGACCUCCUUUUGCUUAGAGCAUUUACUUGAGAAAAUAUGCAAUUGUAAAAUCUUUCUUUCCCUUUUUUUUCUUUCUUUCUUU